AUGGCCACGGCGGAGAGGCUUUUCUGUUUGUUGGAAGCUCACGGAGCUCGCCCGUCUGUGGAAGGGCUGGGCUGGGCCCAAGGAGGCACGGCCAAGUCGGGAAAGGGCAAAGCCUUCAUCUGUGCAGUUUUGGGUGUGUGUUACGCCGCUUCGAGAGAUGAAAAGCAAAGCCAAAACGGACGAGAGAAUAAAAUCAUUUCCUCCUUGCAGAAGCUGGUAGAUUCCCUGCAAGGGCAUAUAGUAACUUUAAAGGAUGAAGUGGCAGAUUUUAAGGAUAGAUUAAAAACAGAGCAGAAGUGGCAAAAUUGGUUUUUGAAGAAGGAAGAAUGGCAGGCAGAGCCUGCCUCCACAUACCCUCAGGCAGAGCUGGCAGCAGCAGAGGAAGCUGCGGCUCACAUGCGUCCUCUCAUUAAAACCGAGAUGCUGUAUGAGGAUGAGGAUGGCACCCCUGCCAUCACAACCAAAGAGAUACCCUUUUCUUCCACUGAGCUGGCCAAACUGCGUAAAGAGUUUACACGUUCUGCUGGGGAGUCUGAGGUGGAAUAUGUAUGGCGUGUUUGUAAAACUGGAGGUGAUCAAAUUAGGUUGACAGAGGCUGAAGCUACAGGCUAUUGGGGUGCUAAUGUGUUCCUAACUACGGGAAAUAGGAGUGGUCCCUGGAGCCUUACUCAGCGAGCAACUUUCUGGGCUGGGGGCUUUGAUUCAAAAGAGAGAGGAGAGCCUCUAGUUCUGAGGGGAGGCAUGAAUCAGACAAUGGAAAAUGUGCAGACAGCUUGUUUGCAAGUGGUCUAUGAUCGAGAACUGAAACAUCAUUUUGCAUCACCCCUUUCUCUCUUGGUGGACCCAAAGCGAAUGACUCCUUGUCGGGGGCUUCCUGACUCCCUUAAGAUGAAAGGCAUCCGGCUUCAAAAGGAGAUAGCUGACACCCCACUUACCUCUCGAAUACAAGCUGCUCUGAGGGAGAACUUAACACCUGGGAGGAGGCAGCCUGAUUGCAGACAACGGACGUGGGAGGAGGUGGCCAGAGAGCUAUUAGGUUAUGCCAGGCAGUAUGGGGUGCCUGAGGAAGUUCAUAUGCCUGAGCCUAGAGGCUUGAGGCGGGUGAAAAUUAAUCGCCCACCUCCGAGUCCAGACCCCCGGAGCCAGAUGCUUCGAAUCCCCAGGCGACACUCGAGUGGGGGAAGGGAGCAUCUGAAUAUUAGACAGUAUUGGUGGUGGGUAGGCCGAAAGAAAGGGAUCCCAAAAGAAGUGAUUGCCGGGUUGUUCACAUGGCAGUUAGAAAUGGUUGUGAAGCACUGGCCUGAGCCCACCCUCGAUAAGAGGACAGGUGUGCCUCAUAGGAACUGA